CAGCCAGCCAGCCAGACCGCCCUCCCCACCCCCACCGUCCCGCCCGCCUCCCAGCUGCGUCCGCCGCUGUCCUGUCUGGCCGCCCGGUGUCUGCGCCGCCGCUCCGCGCUCUGCCCCGCUCCCGCCCCGAACCCGAAGCCUCUGCCUCCUCGUUCACCGCCCCGACUCCCCCGGACCCCCCUCUCCGCCCGGUGAAUGCGCCAGCGCCGAAGACAUGACGGGCAUCGCCGCUGCGUCCUUCUUCUCUAAUUCCUGCAGGUUCGGGGGCUGCGGUCUGCAGUUCGAGUCUCUCGCCGAGCUCAUCGUCCACAUCGAGGACAAUCACAUCGACACAGAUCCACGGGUCUUGGAGAAGCAGGAGCAACAGCAGCCCACUUAUCUGGCCUUAAGCUACAUCAACAGGUUCAUGACAGAUGCGGCGCGCCGGGAGCAGGAGACCAUGAAGAAGAAGGCCACGCCCAAACUGUCCCUGUCCAUCACUGGCGGAAUGUCCAGGAACAGCACGGCCACGCCCCCUCGCCACACCAGCGGCAACCUGACGCCACCUGUCACCCCCCCCAUCACCCCUUCUUCCUCCUUCCGCAGCAGCACACCUACAGGUACGACAGGCAGCGAGUAUGAUGAGGAGGAGGUAGACUACGAGGAGUCGGACAGCGAUGAGUCGUGGACCACAGAAAGCGCCAUCAGCUCCGAGUCCAUCCUCAGCUCCAUGUGCAUGAACGGGGGCGAGGAGAAGCCAUUUGCCUGCCCCGUCCCUGGCUGCAAGAAGAGAUAUAAGAAUGUGAACGGCAUCAAGUACCACGCCAAGAACGGCCACCGCACACAGAUCCGUGUGAGGAAACCCUUCAAGUGUCGCUGUGGCAAGAGCUACAAGACCUCGCAGGGCCUGAGACACCAUACUAUCAACUUCCACCCACCGGUCUCCACGGAGAUCCUGCGUAAGAUUCAAGGCUAGAGCCGUGGUCUCGCCAGUCAACUACCCCAAACAUAGCCCUAUUUCACCCCAACCCCCAUUCCCCAACUUCUUUAUACCCCUCCCACACACUAAAGGAUCAAGUGCAUGCUUUAAGUUGUUUUGUUUUCAUAAUUUUGUUUGAUUGAGUGACUUUAUUUUUACUAUUCAUGCUAUAUCACUUGUAUUUUUGAGACAAAAAUGUAUCUUUGUAGUAUUUUUAUUGUACAUUUGCACAUUCGUAUAUGCUAUCAUGUUAUUUUUUUCUAUUGUUUUACUUACAUAAGGUGCUAACUGUAAAAAACAACAGAAAGAAAAGACAAAAAAACAAACGAAAGGAGAGGCGAUGAACGUACGAGGGGGGCGCCGAAACGGGAAACGCAACCAAGCCUUGGCCCUGCUCACCCUACGGUGGGACGAAGUUGAUCGUUAGCGCUGAUCUGAGUCCAGUUGUUGCGCCUCCAUUCCAUUAUUUGGGGGGAUCCGGCUGAGCUUAGAUCUGUGCCUGCAGAGUAACUUCUGGGGUUUAAGUGUGAGAGUUAAGUUAUACUUUAAAUAGAUAUAUUGAUAUAUAAACAAUAGACAGAUAUGUGUAUAUACAAAUAUAAACUAUUCAUGAGCAUAUACAUAAAUAGUUACACUUUAUUUUCAAGCUUUAUUUUAUGUGUUUUGUCAGUGUUAGUGUUUUUUUUUAAGUACCCAUAAGUGUUUCUUUCAUUCCUUAUUUGCUGACAUGGCCAGUUCUGCCACGGUCAAACGGGAGGCUGACCCCACCUGGUUUGACGUACUCUGAAUUAUUUUCCUGUUGGACCUGAAAGAGGCCCAGGUCUUUAAUCCAUGCCUCAGAACACUUCAUCCCCACAAAAAUCCAUCCACGUAUUUCGAAUCGCUGGCGUUUCCACGUUCACAGUGUCAGAGCUGUGAUUCAGAGGCUUGACUGUGAAAGCAGGUUAAGCAUCAUACUGUAUUCCAGUUGCCAAGAUCUUUGUUUUUGUUUUUCCAUGUUCGUUGCCAACAGCUCUCCACUGCCAAACAUUGACCAUACCAUGUGCCUGAUGUGGGGGGAGGGAGGGAGAUUAAGUCUGGGUGGGAGGGUACUUGAGGGAGUUGUAACGGUUUCACCCUGGAGGUCGCCAAACUUGUGGCAAUGAUUUUCUUCUUCGUUGAGCCUCCAAAACGCGUGGAUGAGUUGAUGUCCAUCGACGGGAAUGUCUUCACGCAUGCUUUGCGUGUUGUAGCGACACAGUGUGUGAAACAGCAGGGAGGGGUUUCAGUUCGGAAGAGAUUAUCAUAUCCAACCUGACGUUUGUGUGUUGUAGACAACAGCAUUCCAGAGUCAUCGUUCGUACUGUACAUGUGUGAGCGUGGUGUUUUUUCAGCAGUAUCCAAGUCAUCAGCCGAUAGAGUGUUACUGUAUUGUGUGUUUCUGUGCCAGGCUGCUGGCUGGACCCCUGUGGAGCAGGACGGUUGUCUAGCUGGCUGGUGGCCUUGUGUCAUGUAAUGUUGGCUCAGUCGGGGCUGUCUCGUCGCCCCCGACUGGGAUGUCAUCAUUCUUUGCCUCUAGAAAAACAAAGCGGCACAGUGAAGCGUUGCGUGCCAAUAAGACACAUUCAUUCAUUCAUUUCCUUCAUCGUGCACAAAGCUCAAAGCCAUGAGCUUUUUUUUCCCUACUUGUUGGGUACAGUGACCUCUGACAUGCACACACCCUCCUGUCCUCCGAACCACCGUUGCCAUGGAAACAAUUUGGUCAGCAUGGCAUGGGGAUUUUCUUAUCUUUUAGGACAUUAGACGGCAGAAACGAUAGCGAAGUCAGUUUCUCCUGCAGGUUUGAGCCUCCUAAUUUCAGUUGAGUGUCAUGUUUCUGCACUCAGUGCCUUUAAGUACUGUGCUGCCUAACAAACAAGCACAAAUGUUGGCUGAUAAACAUCAGUGUUCAUCGUGAAGCACUGAUGAAAGUUCCAAGAUCUGUAAAAUCUGCAGAUUCAUUGCCCUGAAAAACACGCUGAAGUAAUGGGGUGUGUUACUGAUAGAAGAAUCUCCAGUCCUGCUUCUCAGCCUUUGGCUGGGAUCACAGCGUAUACCAAUGGAGACCGAUUGUCUCCCGACUCAAGCUUUUACACUCGUAAAAUCACUCCUGCUUUACAGGCACCACGACAAUAUUUUGGACUCUACACGCCAGACAACUGCAGUAAUGCACAUAUUGGAGAGAGAGGAGCGGAGGUUGUGUGCAGGAGGGGGGAUGAGGGUGGGAUUUGAUAUUGUGUAAAGUGAAUGUAUCGUAACGUGUGUCUGUUGUCAAGUGCUUUUAAAUUAUAUUUUCGUAUGUAACGGUGAGACCAAUGUUUCCUUUUUGUAUUAGGGGGAAACCGGUUCUGAACAGAGUGAUGACUUGUAAAUGAUGUCCAAUCAUCCUUCUUUAUAAGAUAAGCUGCUUACAUGUAAAUGGAAAAUGACUGAAAAAAAACAGCAAAAUAAAGUAAAAAGCUCUGUA